CAUGACACAGAGCAGGCAGCGCGUUAAGUUACCGAAACUCCUUACAUGCAGAAGUUCACUGUGACAGCCCCUCAAACUUCUCUCGGCGUUUGCAACACAAGCCAUUAUACGGGGCAGAAGGAUCACUGAACGAAAGGGUGGGCCUACGAGUGACUUUUUUUUGGUGAAUGAGUUGUCCGAGGCGAAUUCUUUUUUGUGUGAUUUAUGCACACUUGAUCUGAAUUUGCCGCGGUAUGCCGUGCACUUGAGAGAUGUUUGGAUUUCCUCCCGUAGACGAAGUUUUCUUUGGACAGUUACAUGAUCUACCCUACUGAUAGAAAUAAACUUUGAAGCUUGGCUACUGUGCGGUAGCCAACUAUUAUGCACAGUACAGAAGACGCAGGUUUUGGAAUUCUCCGCUGGAUGCUGUGUUUUUUGCACUCGCCUAAGUGAGUGAUGAUUGAUUCGGAUGUGUCAGCAUCACUGAGCGGCCAUCCGCGCAGUCCACCGUCCCGAAGGUCGACAAAGUAGUAAACCACCUGUUGCGAAUGCUUUCAAAAACUUCCCACGGAUAUAACAUGCCUAAAGAAGACAUCCACUCGGGGAAAUAUAAUCAAACGGUAGUGUAAACAAACGUGGAUUAUGUUGCCAUGGUGGCAAGAGUUAAAAUGAGGACUCUUGACCAACAGUUGGUGCUCUCAGAAUGGCUCGUGAGGAUUCGGUAAAGUGCUUGCGCUGCCUGCUCUACGCUCUCAAUUUACUCUUCUGGCUGAUGGCCAUAUGUGUGCUGGGUGUGGCAGCAUGGCUCAGAGACUACCUGAAUAAUGUGCUCACCCUGACCGCAGACACCAGACUGGAGGAGGCUGCUAUUCUGACCUAUUCUCCAGUGGUGCAUCCCGUCAUUAUAGCUGCAUGUUGUUUCCUGAUCAUCGUGGCCAUGGUGGGAUACUGUGGGACUCUCAAAUGCGACCUCCUCCUUCUGUCCUGGUAUUUUGGCUGUCUGCUGGUGAUCUUCUGUGUGCAGCUGGCCAGUGGGGUGUGGACGUACGAUGAGCCUACAGUGCAAAGGGCAGACAUGAUUAGCCUGAAAUCCCGGAUGCCCAAUUAUGGUCUGCAGCGCUACCAGUGGCUCACACAUGCCUGGAAUGCCUUUCAGUCUGAGUUUAAAUGCUGUGGUGUGAUCUACUUCACUGAUUGGCUGGAGAUGACAGAGAUGGAGUGGCCACCUGACUCCUGCUGCUCCAAUCAGUACCCUGGCUGCGCUCGCCACGCCCACUACCGCGACCUGAGUGACCUCCAUCAGGAGGGAUGUGGGCCAAAGAUGUUCAGUUUCAUCCGCGGCACCAAGCAGCUGCAGGUGUUGCGUUUCCUGGGUGUGUCCAUCGGCGUGGCGCAGAUCCUGGCAAUGACUCUCACCCUCACCCUCCUCUGGGCACUCUACUACGACCGCAAACCCCCUGACGCCCUCGCCACCACCUCCACCUCUGCCUCCGACCCCCAUACCCUCUGCCCGGGGGUAGAGGAAGACGUCCCCAAAAUUGGCCACCUGCGCCCCCCCGAGGCUUGGGCUGGCCUGAGCACCCCGUCGAAUGGACACGUGCAGUUUGAGAUGGAGCAGCUGUCAUAGCGAUGGACGUGGCCCUGCAGGAAAUGCUGAACGGGUGAGGCCCCUAGCAAGCGCCUGAUUGGCGGGUGACCUGCCAUCCACACCUCUGCCCCCGCUUGGUUGGACAGAUGUGAGAGGAAGGAAGUGGGCUGCAGGGGGCAAAGAAGGGCACACUAUUUAUGACAUUGGGAUAGAAAGGAUGAGUGGGAAAAGGGUUUGUUUUUGUUCUCUUCAGAAAAGGAGGGGUGUGCUGGAGAAAAGAGGAUUGAGUGACAGAGAGAGAGAGAGAUGGAUGAUGGGAAUACAUCUCAUUUUUAUUUUUUAUCUUUCUUGAGUGGCACAGCAUCAGGGGGAGGAGCUGGAGAGGUCGGACUCCUGGGUAGGGUGGGGGGUUUGUCACAGAAAACAUCUGUGCAUCCGUUGCCAUAGAAACCAAAGAACUUGCAGAAGAACACUCGGAAGGUUCCGGAAUGGUUCUCAGGACUUGUGCGUGGAGGCAUCUGCUUCUCUGCUGAAAAAAUGGGCUUCACCACUACUGCGGAGAAACAGAGCAAGGCUCUUUCUUUUGACAGUCUUCAUCUGAAACACUGAGUCUUAAAAAGGCACAAACACACACACACACACACAUACACAGACACACGCACACAUUUACAUACUCAAGCAAACAGAAACACUCAUGCAAUCACACACACACACACACACACACAAGGACACAGAGGAGAGCAUAGCUGCUUACCGUAGCCAAAGUUCACAGGAAUGACACCAGUGGGCCAUUUCUGUUGCCAUGAAAAUAAUGUCUUAACCCAAUGUGACUAUGAGGUACAGCAGAACACUGAGUUCUGCCUGGAGUGUGUGCUGCACCCACGAGUGUGCACUCAGCCGUCCGUCAUUGUUCUUACUAGAAAACAGGCUUGGUGUUCAUAGUUUAAAGACGUUUUGGAUAAAGUCUGUACAUUUUGCCAAAUAAGAUUGUGAAAUAAAGAUUAUUUGUGUCACGUGCA